AUGGAUAAGGUGCAUGGUUUUGUAGCAGCAGAUAAUGCAGUAACUAAAACAUACACAAUGGUGACAGCAGGCAAGAAAGGAGAGCAGCAGCACAUGUUUAGGACUGAUGAACUGUGUGGAAUUGUCGAUAAUACUGUGAAAGUUAGAGAGGAAAGAAACUUAUGGAAUGGAAUGUGGAUGUUGAGAAUUGUUUUGAAGUAUGAAAACAACAUGGUGAGACAUUUGAACUUUGCAAGACGUGUACAACACUUGGAUCAAUAUGUUUCAAAAAAGUUGUGUCUGGAUGAAAGCACUGACCAAGCAGACUUAAGUCAACUUUCAAUUUUUGUUCGAACUAUUCAAGAGGACUUUACUAUUAAUGAAGAAUUCCUCAGUCUUACACCUUUGCAUGGGACUAGUAAAGAUACUGAUAUUUUUGAAGCAGUUCAAAAGUCUAUUAUAAAUUAUGGAGGAUUUGAUAAAUGUUCCUGCAUCAUAACAUAUGGGGUCAAAGCUAUGACAGGGACUGGAAGCAGCUUUUGUGGAUUAUUGAAACAAAAUCAUAUUAACUGUUCUACAAUUCAAUGCAUAAGUCACAAAGAAGUACUCUGUGUAAAAUUUUCUGCAUCAAGUCAAUGCCAUGAAAGUAGCAUAAAAAUGACUAAUGUACAAGGAGGUAACAGAUCUCUGAGUCAUCAAAGGUUUCAUGAUUUAUUCAGCAAAGUGGAUGCUGCAUAUGGCAAUUCACUCCUUCGUUCUGAGAUUCAUUGUUUGAGUGCUAGAAAAUGUCUGGAAAGCUUUUUUGCCAUUUGGAAAGAAAUACCCAUAUUUCUUAAAAAUGAUGUGAAGUCUGAGACAACAAAACUUGAAAAUCAAAUGCAAGAUCCCAUAUUUUUAGCAGCUCUUGCAUUUAUAACAGAUAUGACCAACCAUAUGAAUGAGUUGAACUUAAAACUGCCAAAUUAUGUGGUUAUUUGA